AUGGGUGUACAGAACCAAAUUAUGGAUCCUGUCUCGGAGAGUGCGCCCCCUGGUGGGUUGACCGCGGAUGGAACUGACACCCAUGAGAGUGAAGAGCAGCCUACAACCGAAUACAUGCAAGGAUGGGCUCUCGUUUCCUUGACAGCGGCCUUCAUGUCUAUUUGCUUCGUGCUGGCUAUUGACAAUACAAUUUUGGCGACGGCGAUACCCAGUAUCACCAGCGACUUCCAUAGCCUCAACGACAUAGGAUGGUAUGGCUCUUCGUACUUGAUCGCCCAAAUGUCACUGAUGCCGACUUGUGGUCGCCUCUACUCAUUCUACAACAUCAAAUGGAUUUACUGCGGCUCGCUGGUCGUCUUUGAACUCGGCUCAAUCGUCUCUGCUGUCGCUCCAAACUCCAUUGUGCUUAUUAUAGGCCGCGCAAUAUCUGGUCUAGGUGCUGCUGGCUUGGUGAGUGGGACGACGACUAUUCUGUCGUACUGCGUAUCCUUGCAAAAGCAGGCGAUGCUGUCGCCCAUUGUACUGGGAAUGUACAACAUUGGAUCGGCGAUUGGACCACUCGUGGGUGGUUCUAUAACAGAUAACAAAACUUUGACUUGGCGGUUUGUUUUCUGGAUCAAUCUUCCCUUCGGGGCUAUUGGGCUAGCUCUGGUCUGGUUCACUUUGAGAAAGCCGCCACCAGCAGUAAAGGCGGACUUACCCUGGAUGCAGAAGCUACGCCAGCUCGACCUCCCAGGAGCUAUUUUACUACUCGGUGCAACAUCCUGUUUGAAUUUGGCAUUACAAUGGGGUGGCAUCGUUUACCCUUGGUCUCAUUCCAAUGUUUUCGGAUGUCUGAUUGGAUUCGGUCUUCUUUUAGUUGUGUUUUUGGGCUUACAAUUCAGAGGCAAAGAAAGUGCGAAUAUUCCUCUUCACAUCUUCCGCAGUCGUACUGUAUCGGCCGCAUGCGGCUUCACGAUGCUCGUCCAGGUGGCUAUAGUGGUGCAAUCGUACUAUUGGCCCAUAUAUUUCCAGUCUGUCAGAAGCACCAAUGCCGAAGUCUCGGGAAUAAAUCUACUCCCAUUGAUUGUGUCCAACAGCCUCAGCAUGCUCUGUGCGGGAGUUAUUGUAUCCAAAUUUGAGCAUUAUUUACCGUUUAUGUGGAUCGGACCUCUUAUCCUAGCUACUGGAGGGGGUCUAUACCAACUCAUUCGGGUUGACAGCCCGCGUGGACAAUGGAUAGGGUUCCAAAUAUUAUCCGGCAUUGGCUAUGGCUGCUGUAAUCAAAUGCCAAUUCUCGCUGUGCAGGUGGUCCUCAAGAAGCAAGAUAUACCAACUGGUCUUGUGAUGAUCAUGUUUUUCCAGAUGCUCGGAGGCGCACUAGGUCCUAGUGUUGGGCAGAACCUUUUCACUGAUGGGCUUCUGCAAAAUCUCAGCAAGGUGGAGGGUAUAGACAGUGCAGCCAUCGUCGCGGCCGGCGCAAGUGGUUUCAGGGAGGUGGCUCCUCCCGAGUUGAUAAAUGUCGUCGUGGACGCAUUUAACUCCGCUUUGAAGAAUGUGUUCUGGGUUGCGCUCGCUACGCCGGGCCUUGCUUGGAUAGCAAGCUGGGCAAUGGAGUGGCUCAAAUUGCCAAGCACCAAGAAGCUUGUCACCGAA